GCUGGCGGCGGCGGCGGCGGCGGCGGCUUUCCACACGGGCGGAGGCGGCGGCAGGAGCGGCGAGCAUGGCCCGCGCGGCGCCCGAUGCUGACUGAGGGUCAUGCUGCGGCAGCCAGGCGCCUGACAAGUGAGGGGGAACCUGCCAGGGGAUUACUGCUAGUGCAAGCUGACGGCUGGCCUCAGGGGAGUGGGGAUGGGCAGAACAGCCGCCAAGCCUGGGCCAGCAUCCCCGGGAAGGAGGCCUGAGCCCUGGCAGGGAGCUCAGCACAUGCUUGGCUGACCCAGACUUCGUUGGAUGCAGCACCCCGCCGAGCAGCAGCUGUUCUCAGCCCCAGAGGACCUCACAGCGGGUGUAGGAGCUUUGUGACCCUUUGUGCAACUGCGGAUAGGGCUGUGAGCACUGGGAGAAGGGACCAACCCCUGCCGUGGAAAGAAGAGAGCGGAACCCAAGACAAAGAGGAUCUUGAUCUUUGAAUCAGGAUUUUCUGAUAUCCACGGAGCUUCCUGGUUCUCAGGACUGGGGUCUGAUCCUCUCCUGUGGGAGAAGGGUUGGGCCAGGAGGGCCGACCAGGGCGGGGACGACUCUCGCAUGGAAUCCAGGCACCCCGAAGCCCAUGUGCUCUCUGUUGUGAUUGGAGUUCUAGGACUUCCCCGCUGCAGGGGACGAGGGGCUGCCUCGGCGUCUGCUCAUGAGCCACAAGGACCCCGACUGCUCCAGACUGGACCAUUUCAAGCUGCCAAAGAGGGGGCCCCCCAGAGCUGGCACCCAGCGAUUCCAAGGGACUAGAGGGCUGGGAUGGACUGACCUUCCCCUGGGCAGGGCAGUGGGAGAGGCAGAGCCUCUGUGGCCCAGCUAGUGACUGAGAGACCUGAUGAAGCCCUAACCAGGUGCCCGAGUGGCUCAGGGAUAGAGGAGCCCCUUCUGCCUACAUGCGCUCUCCUUAACUUUAGGGAGAGUGCGGCAAGGGACCCUGCCUGGGGCUCGUGUCCCUAUGCCCUUUGCACGUGCUGCCAGAACAAGGAGGCUGCACCGUGGCCAGCCCCUCAGUGGGCUGGGAAAGGAGUGGCCACGGUGAUAGCCGCUCACCUGCCAGCACCAUGAAGUGCUCCCUGCGGGUGUGGUUCCUUUCCGUGGCCUUCCUGCUGGUGUUCAUCAUGUCCCUGCUCUUCACCUACUCUCACCACAGCAUGGCUACCCUGCCCUACCUGGACUCGGGGGCCCUGGGUGGGACCCACCGGGUGAAGCUGGUGCCCGGCUAUGCUGGCCUACAGCGCCUCAGCAAGGAGGGGCUCACAGGCAAGAGCUGCGCCUGCCGACGCUGCAUGGGUGACGCCGGCACCUCUGACUGGUUUGACAGCCACUUCGACAGCAACAUUUCCCCCGUCUGGACCCGAGAGAAUAUGGAUCUCCCCCCGGAUGUCCAGAGGUGGUGGAUGAUGUUGCAGCCCCAGUUCAAGUCACAUAACACCAACGAGGUGCUGGAGAAGCUGUUCCAGAUAGUGCCGGGCGAGAACCCCUACCGCUUCCGAGACCCCCACCAGUGCCGGCGCUGUGCCGUGGUGGGGAACUCGGGCAACCUGCGGGGUUCCGGCUAUGGGCAGGAUGUGGACGGGCACAACUUCAUCAUGAGGAUGAAUCAGGCACCAACUGUGGGCUUUGAGCAGGAUGUUGGCAGCCGAACCACCCAUCAUUUCAUGUACCCUGAGAGUGCCAAGAACCUGCCCGCCAACGUCAGCUUCGUGUUGGUGCCCUUUAAGGCCCUGGAUCUGCUGUGGAUUGCCAGCGCCCUGUCCACAGGACAGAUCCGAUUCACCUACGCCCCAGUGAAGUCCUUCCUUCGAGUGGACAAAGAAAAGGUUCAGAUCUACAACCCAGCCUUCUUCAAGUACAUCCACGAUAGGUGGACUGAGCACCAUGGGCGGUACCCUUCCACAGGGAUGCUGGUGCUCUUCUUUGCCCUGCACGUGUGUGAUGAGGUAAACGUGUACGGAUUCGGGGCCGACAGCAGGGGCAACUGGCACCACUACUGGGAGAAUAACCGGUACGCGGGCGAGUUCCGGAAGACGGGCGUGCACGACGCGGACUUCGAGGCCCACAUCAUCGACAUGCUCGCCAAGGCCAGCAAGAUCGAGGUCUACCGAGGCAACUGAGCCGGGCCUCGCCGCGGCCCUCAACGGCAUGGCACUUCCGCGAGGCGCGAGCGCGCGUUCCCGCCCGGGACUCCGGGCCUGCCGGAAGGGAGGCAGCCUCGGCAUGCGCGCGGCGCCCUGCCCUGGGCGUUCCCAGGCAAUCGGGAGCGACGGUAGGCCGCGGUCUGAGCCAAUCAUGCUGCAGUCCAGCGAGCGCUGCCUGUCCUCCCUCAAUCAUGAGACUCUGGGGGCCGGGCCGGCCCUUGCACCAAUCAGCGCCGUAGGCGGGCGGAGCUUUUGAUUAUUCCAGCCAAUCAUGAAACUCAAAGAGAACUUCCGACGCUGGACCCCCGCCUCCUCCAAUCACUGGCCUUUGGAGGCGGGCAGGCGGCCCCUUACUUCCCCCGUCCCUUAUGCUUUUGGGUAGGAUUUUAUUUUCCGCUUUUUAAGAAGUAGAGGUUGUUUCGGGCCUUGAUGAAAUACUUUUCUCAGGCUUUACAAGAAACAAGUCUCAGUCGCUGGCCGGCCUGACCCUACCGGGAGCACUGAAGAAAAAAAAUGGCGGGAGAGCUCGGGGCGUAGCCCGGGCCGGGUGGGCGGCGCUGAGGCGGCCGCGGAGGGGAGUCGGCCGAAGCCGUCUUGUGGCGAGGGGGUCGUUGCCAGGGAGUGCGCUUCGCCCCAGGAGGCCCAGUGUCCUCCCAAGUCGCCGCAGGCCUCCGAGAGUUUUUGGCCUCCGAGAGUUUUUUACGUCACGUUUCCCUUCUCUGUCAGGCGCGGAUGGGUGAGUGCAAACCCACCAAAGAGAGGCGGUCCCGGGUGGCGCGUGGGCCCUCCUCCCCCAGCCGCCCUGAGGUCGUGUCGUGUGUCGCCUGGGGUCUGACUCCUGGGACACUGGUGUAAGAGACAGGGCGGGGGGCCAGGAAGCCCUGUCACAUCUCAUGUAAGGUGCUUCACACUCACUCGUGCCCUCGGCCCUCCGCUUCACCCACCACCAUUUUUAGUGUCUCUCCUUAGGCCCUGGGCCUCACCAGCCUACUUGUUGCUCUGGAAAAAAAAAAAAAAUCAGAUAACUUGCCCGCCCACACCCCGACCUUCACACAGAUGUAUGUCUCAGGGAGGCUCCAGGCAGAGAGGGGCGGCACGCCGGCUGGCUGGCUGACCCGGGACAAGCAGGCGUAGGCAGCUUCUUGCCGGCGAGGCGUGGAACGCUUUAGCUAACCUGAAGCCAUCAGGUAUGGCUGACCAACACUGAUUGUUCUAAGCUGGCCCUGCAGAGAGGCGAGAGCCUCGCAGGGGAGGAGCAGCCCCGUCCCCUGCAGCCUCCUCCCUGCGCACAUGUCCCGCCGCAUCUCACCUCCUACCUCCUCCCUCUAACCCACUUUCCACUGCCAGCUCUGGAAGGGCUGGGAAGCUGACAGCCAGGGGGUACAACUGAAAGCUACUUGCGUGACAGAACGCAGCCUAAGUCCCCAAGUGGCUGACUUUUUAAGGCUAGGGGAGUUUAGGAGGUCAAAAAAGGCUUCUGUGAAGCUCUCAAACCCCUGAACAGCCCCCGCUUUCCAACUGUGUCAUCACACAUAGCACCCUUUUACUUAGUGAACUGACCACCAAGCAGCCUCUCGGCCGUUGGUUUAGAGCCUGCAGCCGGCUUGGAGGACAGCCACCUGCUAGCAGGGGAGGACCUCACGGUUGGGCCGGGGGACGUGGGCACCCCGAAAAAUUAAUAUAUUGAGAAGUUAGUUUGAGCCUGUUCUCUUCCCAUUUGGAAAAGCCAGAAGUAUAAAGAACGGGGUUGGUCAGUGAGGGGCGCUUUAGGAGUGCCUCGGGGCUUUCCUCUCACCAUUUCAGAGCCAAGGCACCAGCCAUUCUUGCCAGUCUCGCGUCAGUGCUUCCUGAGAGACUGUUUUGAGUGUUGAGAAGAAAAUCAAUGCAAUUAUGCCAAACAGUAUUGAGCAGAAUAAUUUAUUUCUGUUUUGUUUCUUUUUCUUCUUUUGUUUAAACCAUUAACCCUCAUUUUGGAAGAGGUAGUUCCCAGCAUCCAGCCCAACAUCUUUACUGCAAUAGUUAUUUAAACAUUUUUAAAAAUUUCCUUCCCUUUCUCUUUCUGAAUUAAAAAUGAACAACAUCAA